AUGUCCCAGCAUCGAAGCCAGGUCAUCUACGCUCCCUCCCAAGAAGCCGCCACCGGACUCCAUUCCGUCUUCUUCGCCGGCACGACGAGCAAGGUCGACGCGGUGGACUGGCGCGAGACGCUCGCCUCCCUCCUGUCCGGCACACCCGUGACCAUUUACAACCCGUUCCGUGCCGACUGGGACAGCACGUGGCGCGAGGACGUCGACAAUGCUCCCUAUCGCGAGCAGGUGGAGUGGGAGCUGGAGAAGCAGGACCAGGCCGACACCGUGGUCGUCUACUUCCACCCGGCCACGCAGGCGCCCGUUAGUUUGCUCGAAUUCGGCUUGAGCGCGCGGACACGAGGAAAAGUCAUCGUGCUCUGCCCGGAAGGCUAUUGGAAGAGAGGCAAUGUGCAGAUUGUGUGCCGGAAAUUCGGCAUCGAAAUGGUUGAGAGUGUCGAGGAACUGGGGAGCGCCAUUGUGAAGAGAGUGCCGAGCAGUGCGUGA